AUGCGUGGAAAUUUCUCGAAGGACCCCAAGUACUACAUCAAGUCUGACAAGGAUACAAGCAAUAUUUCUAACGCAAAUGAUGACGACCAUCGCCGACUACGUCGAGUCCAAGCGCAUGCCUUCUCGGAGAAAGCGUUAUCUCUGCAAGAAGCUUACGUGCAGAAACAUGUUGAACUGUUCAUUUCUUGCCUAGGUGAAGAACUAAAUAUCACCAAGAAUGGUGUCAUUAAUGCAGUUAAGUGGUUUCAUUAUCUUACUACAGAUAUUAUUGGCGAUCUGGCAUUUGGCGAGAGCUUUGGAGGACUUGAAAAGAAUGAGAUGCACCCGUGGCUCGAGAAUCUUUUUGGGAGUGUUAAAAUCUAUUCGUUUUUCCGAGAGCUGUCUCGCUAUCCCAGUUGGAUGACUUACAUUACAAUAGCAUUGAUAUCCCCCAGACGGCAGCUGGUGCAUUCCAAUAAGGCUAUUGAAUUUGGUGCAGAGCAGGCACAGAAAAGAAUUAAGCGCGGAACAGAGCGACCUGACUUCAUGUCUUAUCUUUUGUUAUCCGAAGAUGAGAUUGCUAUAUCGUCGAUCACCUGGAUUAUCGCGGGGAGCGAAACUACGGCCACUUUAAUGUCCGGCCUGACUUACCUGCUUCUCAAGAACCCUGGCACAUUGCAAAAAGCCGCUUCAAUCAUCCGAGGCGAUUUCCCAGACUCGACCAGAAUGACUUUCCACGAGCUCCAAAAACAUGAUUAUGUAAAUGCAGUCAUUUCUGAUGGUCUUCGACUGUACCCUCCGGCGGCAGAUAGUCUUUUCCGCGUAGUACCGGCUCAAGGUGGCAUUGUUGCUGGUGAAUUCGUUCCUCCACAUACGAGCGUCACGGUCCAUUUGUUUGCCGCGUUCCGUUCUCCAUUGAACUUCCGACGACCCGAUGAAUUUCUCCCUGAGCGGUGGAUAAGGGAUUGCCCCCUGGAGUUCCGGUCGGAUAACCGGAGCGUAUUCCAGCCUUUUAGUAUCGGACCAAGGAACUGUCUAGGCAAAAAUUUAGCAUGGGCCGAGAUGCGCAUGAUCCUUGCUAAUCUUCUCUGGCAUUACAACUUGGAAGAGCUCUUGCCAGAUAGCACAAAUUGGAUUGAGGAACAAAAAAUAUAUAUGCUCUGGGAGAAACAAGAUCUCAACAUUCGAAUCAGCAAACGACAUUAA